CAGGAAGGGAGUGUGUGUGUAUGUGUGCGCGAGAGAGAGCGACAGAGAAGAGUGUGUGCGUGCAUUGAACACGGAGCCACCGCACACGGUCCGUCCGCGACGGGCUUUCUGAUGCAGGGGCACGGCCCGGGGCAGGCUCGCGCUCACCGAGGAGAGGGAAAAGAGCGCGCGGGUGCGCCGCGUGUGUGUGUGAGUGGGUGAGUGAGUGUGUGAGUGCGCGAGUGAGUGAGCGAGCGAGGGAGCGCGCGGAGCCAUGAGAGAGUACAAAGUGGUCGUGCUGGGCUCGGGCGGCGUGGGCAAGUCCGCGCUGACGGUGCAGUUCGUGACCGGCUCGUUCAUCGAGAAGUACGACCCCACCAUCGAGGACUUCUACCGCAAGGAGAUCGAGGUGGACUCGUCGCCCUCCGUGCUGGAGAUCCUGGACACGGCGGGCACGGAGCAGUUCGCCUCCAUGCGCGACCUGUACAUCAAGAACGGCCAGGGCUUCAUCCUGGUCUACAGCCUGGUCAACCAGCAGAGCUUCCAGGACAUCAAGCCCAUGCGCGACCAGAUCGUGCGCGUCAAGCGCUACGAGCGCGUGCCCAUGGUGCUGGUGGGAAACAAGGUGGACCUGGACGGCGAGCGCGAGGUGGCGGCCGGCGAGGGCAAGGCGCUGGCCGACGAGUGGAACUGCCCGUUCAUGGAGACCUCGGCCAAGAACAAGAGCUCCGUGGACGAGCUCUUCGCCGAGAUCGUCCGGCAGAUGAACUACGCGGCGGCGCCCGGCGGGGACGAGCAGUGCUGCGCGUGCGCGAUCCUGUGAGAGAGUAACGGGAGCGGCGGCGGCGGCGGCGGAGCGGGCACGCGCACCGAGAGACUACGGGGACAAAAACAAGGAGCGCGUGUGGCAUGGCCAGAGUUUCUCUCUCUCUCUCUCUUUCUCUCUCUGUCUCUCGCGCUCUCUCUCCCUCCGGAGGGCCUAUCUUGUGUUGUUGCACGAGACAAAACAACAAGACACAGGUGAAAUCAGUGUUUACAAUGGCAGAAUACUUGAAUGUUGUGGGAUUUUUUUUUAUUUUUAUUUUAUUUUUUUUUUCGUUCAGACCAACUCGACAGCCGCGCGCGCUCACUGGAGUCUUUUUUCCCCUUGUUUUGCUCUUCUUCAGCUCAGACAUGGGGGACGUUUACUUUUGUAAUUCACAUUUUUUCCUGUUGCUCUGCUGAUCUGGAGGGGCGUGCGCUUUUUUUUUGGAGGGGUUGUGAACUGUUGAGCUACGUGUCUAACCCCCCUCAACCCCCCCCCCUCUUUUUUGCCUUGGCUGCAGUGAGAAUUCCUUUAAGGGAGGAGGAGGAGGAGGAGACAGCUGGGGCUGUUGGAGUCUCUCUCUCUCUGUCUCUCUGUCUCUCUCUCUCUCUCUCUCUCUCUCUCUCUCUCUCUCUCUUCUCUUUCCUCUCUCUCUCUCCUUUUUACUCUCUCUCAGGCUGCUCCCUGUCCGUUUUGCUCUCGUGCUUUUAUUUUGUAAUUUUUUUU